AUGGACAUCAAGGAGUAUUUUGCCAGAAUUUCUUACCGGGGCUCCUACGAUAAGCCGGACCUGGCUACCUUGACGGAUAUAUUCCAGCACCACAUCCAAGCGGUCCCUUUCGAAAACCUCAGCAUCCACUGUGGGGAAAGCAUUGAGCUGGACCUGGAAGCAACUUACAAGAAGAUAGUGAGGAAGAAACGCGGGGGCUGGUGCAUGGAAAACAACCACCUUUUAUCUUGGGUCCUGACAACCCUCGGCUAUGAGGUCACCCUGCUGGGAUCAAAAGUUUAUGUCCCCGAGUACGACGCGUACGCAGAUGACAUCGAUCAUCUUCUGCUAAAAGUGGAGCUUGGUGACAAAUCCUACAUCGUGGACGGCGGGUUUGGGAUGGCCUACCAGAUGUGGCAGCCAAUGGAGCUGACCUCGGGGCCGGCCCAGCCGCAGACCCCUGGGGUCUUCCGCUUCCUGGAGGAGAGUGGGGUCUGGUAUCUCGAGAAGGUGAAAAGGAAGCAGUGGGUUCCCAACCAAAGCGUCUCCGCUUCCCAUAACGUGGAAAAAGAAGUUUGCCGUCGGGUUUAUCUCUUCACCCUUCAGCCACGAGACAUUGAAGAGUUCAGAGCCCGCAACACCCACCUGCAGACAGCGCCGGACUCGCUGUUUGUGACAAAGUCCAUCUGCAGCCUGCAGACUGCUGACGGUGUCCGGGCUCUUGUGGGGUGGAAACUCACUGAGAUAAAGUACGAUUAUAAGGAUAACAUGGAUCUGGUGGAAAUCAGAAUCCUUGCAGACGAAGAAGUGGAGAAAACACUGAAAGAGAAAUUCAAUAUAACACUAGACAAGAAAUUUGUACCCAUCAAUACAAGCAGGUUGUCUCUGUUUUAA